GAGAGAGAGAGAGAGAGAGCGAGAGAGCGAGAGAGAGAGAGAGAGAGAGAUGCAGGUUGGACCGGAGCUCUCCUCUCGCCAGUCCCGCGGACCCUGCUAUGGACGUCAGGUUCUAUCCGGCUCCCCCCUCCAGCGUGGGUGCGUGCACGUUAGCGGCUGACUCCGCUUUGGACUAUUACCACUCCAACAAGAGCAGAUACGCCAGUGCAGACCGAGGCGUGAGGCUCUACAGUUCUCUGCCCAUGCGCCCUAACCCCGACGGCAAGAGGCUGCCAUCUUCUGGGUUUGAUGGUGACAACAUGUACAUGAAUGAAAACAACCAUGAGUUCCUCCCGCCCAGCCAGAACUACACAGCUCAGACUGGUGGCGGCAGCGGCAGUAACGGCGGAGGAGCAGGAGGUGGCGGCGGAGGCACCGGCGGCACCAACGGCGGCGGCGGCGGUGGAACGACCGGCGGCAACGGAGCCGGGGAUGAAGACUACGAGAUCCCCCCGAUCACUCCGCCCACCCACCCUGAGCCUCCUCUCCUACACCUGAUGGAGCACGACUCCACGGGUUACCUCUGCCAUUCGCUGUCACACAACGGCCUCAUCAACCCUUAUUCGUACCCGGAGCUGCCCACCCUCAUGAUGUCCAACAUGCUGGCGCAAGAAGGACAGCUGGUGUCUGGCCAGAUGCCCUCGAUGCACGAGAUGGCUUUGCACCACCACCACCUCCACCAACAGCACCAACAACAACAACACCACCACCACCAUCACCGCCACCACCACCACCAGCAGCAGCAUCAGCACCGCCCAGACGACGUUCGUUACGACCCCGCCCGUAACCACGCCCUGAUUAACCGCUCGCCUCCCGUACUGGCCAACCCCAUGAGCGCCCUGUCCCAGCUGAACCCUCAGCUGGGCCGGAGCGCUCUUCCCCACGGUUCCCCCUCGCCUCCCGGGAGCAAAUCGGCCACGCCCUCCCCCUCCAGCUCCAAUCAGGAAGAGGAGACCGAUCCUCAUGCUAAGAUGACGGGGGAGAAACGGCCAUCGUCCGAGAUGAUGAAGCCCAAGCCCAAACCGCAGAAAAAGAAGAAGAAGAAGGACCCCAACGAGCCCACCAAGCCCGUGUCGGCGUACGCGCUCUUCUUCAGGGACACCCAGGCGGCCAUCAAGGGCCAGAACCCCAACGCCACCUUCGGGGACGUGUCCAAGAUUGUCGCGUCCAUGUGGGACGGCCUGGGAGAGGAGCAGAAACAGAACUACAAGAGGAAAACAGAAGCGGCUAAAAAGGAGUACCUGAAAGCCUUGGCUGCCUACAGAGCCAGUCUGGUUUCCAAGACGUACAACGACCCCAUGGAGACAAAAAGUGGCCAAACGAGCCAAGCGUCUCCUCACAUGCUGCCCGCCAACCCCUCCCUGUACAGCGUCCCGCCCCCUCCCCAGUCUUCGUCCCCCUACCUGGGGCCGGGGGCCUUCCCCCUCGCCGAUCUGCAGAGCUACGCCGGCCACGCCCCUCGCCACGCCCUCUCGCAGACGCUCAGCCAAUCGCAGAUGCUGCCCAGCAUUAGUGCCUCUCCGCCCUCCUCCUUCCAGAUCAGCCCGCCGCUCCACCCCCACCAGCAGCUGUCACUGCACCAGAGCUCCCUGCUCAACCAGCCAAUCCGCAUGCAGCAGGUCCAGUCCCAGCCAAUCAUCACUCACCAGAUGGGCCUGCAGGCCUCCCUCCACUCCCCGCCUCCAGGCCAGCAGGGCUUUCCCCACCUCCAGUCAGAGUAUCAGAAAAACAUCGGGGGGCCGCAGUCUCCAGGAGGGUCCGGGGGUCCCGGUCCCGGUCCGGGUCCGGGGGUUCCUCCCGGCCACGACUGGGACGGGGAAUACUGCAACCGAGAGUGCGGCAACCACUGCAGCGGCAGCAUGAUAGGCAGGGACAAGCCCCUCUACCUCACCUGAGCCCCCCCACCCGCACCUCAAAAAGCGACCGCCUCCUCUCCCCCUUCCCUCCUCUCUUACAUACGUGUACAUACGUGUACUUCAACAUACAAACACGCCGCUCCAUGCCAUUGUUUCCUCUCAUGACGGGACUUUUCGGAGGGACCGGGUGGGUGGGCGGGGGUUGGGGGCGACUUCCUGUACAAGCACUUACGAGGCCCCCCCCCUCGUGGUCGCUGCAUGGCAGGCGAGGCCGGGCUGUGGAGCGCUCGCCCUUUUUGUCCCCUCAGGGACCCCAUCCAGCUUUAAUUAGAGAAACUCUGUUCUUGAUGUUGUUGUUGUUGUUGUUACGCUUUUUAUUUAUUUCUGCCUUGCUCCCCCCCCCCAAACUCUGCUGUGGAGAGAUAUUUACUCCCACUCCUACAUUUUUGUUUAUGCUUAAAGGGGACAUAUUGUGGCAAAUUUGACCUUUUAAUGUUUGUAUACAAAUAGUCGUGUCUGCCCACCUGUCUCGUGUGAAAUUAAAAACUAGCGAGUUUAUCUUUAGUUAUCUGCAAGUUGUUUUUGAAAAUAUGUCAGCCUGACAUUACAGCAUGAGCACACGUGACCUUCUUAUGACAAUAUUAGAAUCGUGGACGGGAGAAUACCAACAUCAAGUAUCGAUAUCGGCGUAUAACGGCGUUAAUACAAGUUAUCAGGUACUACUAAAGGCUGCCGAUAGCGGCCAUCGAAAUGACGCUAAGUCAAUCAAAUCUGGCAUGAAGUAAGUCCACCUCGCCAGAGGUUGGCGCCACACUGUG